AAUUCGAUAAUAAAAAUAAUCUUAAUAAUGUUACCAAUUCUGAGUUUGAAAAUAAUCUAUCAAGUUCAUCAAGCGAAAAAUUACCUGAUUCUUCUGAAAAUGAACUACAGUCUAAAAAAGUAAAAACCAGCUUCGAUUCUUAUAAAAAUAACUAG